CUAAGGAUGACAGCCAUGAAGUCUCAAGCUCCAGCCCUCUGCAACACUACUGCCGGAAUAGCCACAAGUGCAAGGUAGCAUGCAACGAGCAUGGGCCAUGCAAAGUUGUCCCAGAAAUAGAGAAAGAAAGCUUCAUCAGCGAGAAUCCCGAUGUUCGGAAGAUUGCUGGCAAUGCAUUCAGGCUAUUCUGCAACAUACCAGUUCUACCUGGACAAACCACACAUCAUGGUGCGAAACACAGUUGUUGGCAGGAGCAUGGAUGUGACAAAACGUGUCCAUUGUGUGGCUUCCACUGUGAAACAGCGGGAUCUACAACGCAUGAUCAGCAUCUAGUAUCACAGCACGGUGCUGUGCUGUCCAGCGCUCGGGCUAGUCUCCGCGAUGGAAAUGGAUCUACUCCUUCACAACUGCCAGAUGAUACAACCUGCCAUACUGUCUGUGGUAGCCUUGAAGAAAGUCGCUCACACAGUCAUGUUCCAGACUACGACCUGGUAGCAGCGCAUUAUAACAAAGGCAAAAUCAAAGAAAGCUACAGGCGGGUGGGCAACAAGUGCAAAGUCACCCAUGCCCUAUUCUGGGAUGUCCACAGCUUUGCCGACCCCAGUGUAGACCCAGCAAAUGGUUUUGACAAGUGUCCCGCACCCUGCCCAAGAGAUCGAGAGCACGGGGAAGAUAAAGUGUAUUGCACACAGCUUCUGUAUCAUCAGACAGUUCCACAAUCUGGCAUACCUGAGUUGCCUUGCUUUGCUGACAAUGGUCAUCACUUUCCAUGCGACAAUCAUCUAUGUAAUGAUCCUUGUGGACAGGCCGAUCAAUACGGUCCAUGUGUGGAACACUGCAUGCGGCCACUCAAGCACUCAAGAGGCCACGACUGCGAGAAGGAGCACAAAUGUAACCAAGACUGCACGGGAACUGACUGCAGUCACAAAUGUGAAUUGAAAAUGGGUCAUGAUGAGAAGGAGGUAUGCCACUGUGGCAUUGGAAAGUGCACUGCUAAAUGCGAUCACUGCGAUGCUGACUGUGCAGCUGAAGAUCAUUUCCACCAUCCUACUGGAUCCACUGUUCAUGACUGUGGUGCAACUCAUAUCUGCUCUGAAUCCAAGCGUACUGGUCACAAAGAUGUCAAGUGCAACACUGGCGGAGGAAACUGCACCCUACCCUGGUUCAGUGAGCUGAAUUUGGUCCAGAAAAUAGCUUUGCUGAAGGAUGGAACAUUGCCAGCACUGAGGCUGCCCUGCAAACGCAUAAUUCCAACUGGCCAAGCGGAACACUGUGGAGAGCAUGCACAUCAUGAUGAUGCUUCCCAAUUGCAACAUACCUGCAACGCCUUUUGUCCAAGUCCAACGUGCGGAGAGUGCUGCGAUAAGCCGGUUCAUGCUGACGAUGAAUUGCACAGCACAACACAUGGAAAAUACCUGUCUCUUCAGCCAGCAGGGUUACAGCGACAUGGCCUUUCUCCUUGGAGAGUUGUGGACAUGAAGAAUGAUUCCAUGGUGUCACCAAAAUCUCAGCAAACACUUGACAGCCUACCAUUUGUGACCACCUGCAGCACCGUGUGCUCCUCUCUGUUACGACAGCACCACCACUGCAAAGUCAGAGUGGAUAAAUCAGCAACAGAGAGCCUCGACGUUACCUUUACCGAGCGAGUCACCCACAGCCAGUUCUGGAAAGCAAUCGGUUUUGUGGACCCAUACUCUGAAGACGAGACUGCAGAAUUCGACCAUUGUCAUGCCCGGUGCCAGCAUGAGGAGCAUGGCGGCGAUGCUGUGUUUUGUGAAGGAAGACAACUUCACGCUGGUCCCCUGGUGACAGGAGCUAACCCUGGUCUAUUAACACAGAGUACUGCUGGACACACGUUCACGUGCUCUCAUCCGUGCUCAGGACAUUGCGUGUAUAAGGAGGUAUCGCGGAACUGCGGCAAGGAUUGUGAUGACCGGCGUGAGCAUCAUGCUGGCCCGUGCCUCUGCGCGGAAACAGCCCAUAGGUGCAAAGAACGCUGUGAGGUCAAUCGGCAAUCAAUAACCACCACUGCCGGUAAACCCCUCUGCACUGGGGAGUGUGACGUGAUACUAGACCGCAAGGAUGGCGCUGCCCAUAAGAAUCAUCGGUGUGAUUCGCACGGUUGUGUUGCACUGUGCUCUGCUGCGGACUGUACGGAAACCUGCACUCUUGCUCAUGAUCAUGUGCUUCACGAGGGACAUGAAGAGCAUGAAUGUGGGGAUAGCCAUCUCUGUUCUACACCUUGUCCGUUCUGUGGCGCACAGUGCGAGCUCCCACCACACGACGCCACAACUUUACACAGAGCAGCACAUGGCGAAAUCCGAAUGGACGACAGACAGAAGCUGCAGACCUUUGCCACCGUGCGACAAACAUCGUCCAUACCUCUAGAUGUUGCACAAUCGUGCGGAGACGUUUGUCGCAAAUCAGCCUGGGGUCAUCUUCACAUCUUGGCAUGCACAUCGGAAGCAAGACAAGCAGAUUGCAGUGGUGACGGGUAUCAUAUUGAAUCAGAGCAGCUGCAUAAGAAAGAACUGCACUUCUGCACACAUCGGUAUUUUUGGGAGCGAGCGGCAGGAUUUGAGCAGCCAGUGACAAACGAUGGCUUUUCAAAGUGUGGAGAACGGUGCCACGCCGGUCACUCAGCUCAUUGUACCUUGGAUGUCCUUCAUAAGACCCUGCCUGACCGUGAAGAGUCACACGUGAGGGAUGGACACCGGUUCUCUCAUUGUGCGUCAAAAUGCGAUCGGCUGUGCGAAUCAAGGAGCCAUGGAACAAUCAUGUCCAGACCACGGACCUGUGACUUGAUACGAGAACACAGUGGACUGCAUCUGUGCAUGGAUUGCGUUGGGCUACUUUGUCCUGAAAAAUGCCCCCAAUGUCAUGAGAAGUGCAUCAAGAAGGUCCUACAUGGCGAGAGCUAUGGCCAUUAUGUCCUACAUGGCGAGAUCAAAGCUCCCAACACGGAGUUCAGAGUGUGUGAGAAGAGCUCGAUGAAGCUGAUCGACCGCUCUGGAAAAACCUGCGGGGAGAUCUGUGUGGUUAAGGAUGAUCACUAUCACAUUCUUCAGGAGUGCAGCGGUUACGGUGGAGCAGACUGCAAAGCUACUGGCAGCGACAAUCCUAUAAAACACAGCAAUGAGCUUUCCGCAGACUAUACGGAUCAUGACCACUACUGGAAACUGCAAAAAUUCUCUAUAGCUGGCCUAUUUUCAUAUGGCAUAUGAAGCUGUCUUUGGUUGCCAGGUCACAUCUCACCUGUCCGGAUAUGAUGCAUACUCUACCAGCAAAGCUUGAGGCCAAGUGAGUCAGUCGU